AUGUUAGUUGUGUUUCAUAUGUUUUUCAAUAAAGUUGUAUAGUUAAAAAUAAUAGCGUCAUGGGUUUUGUAGUUUAUUAUGGAAAACUGUCACGACGGAACGGAACUUUACGACAGUCAAUGAACUACACACGCAGUCGCAGUUUGCUGACCUUCUGUGGUAAUCGAGCAAGCAUGGCUGCCCGGACUCUGACUAGAGGGCUUUGGGGGCUACGACGCUCACAGCUUGUUACAGUCGGACACCCCUGCGGUGGACACCAGUAUUCUACCGCAGCGCCUAUCAGAUCAGCCCAAAUCCAAAUUGAUGAUGCUACAGAAAAAAUAAUAAACCAGCCACUUGAAAAGCCGGACUUCUUCCGUGUGUCCGAGCUCUUCUCGGUGAAAGACCUGUUCGACGCCAGAGUGCAUCUGGGCCAUAAAAAGGGUUGCAGGCACAGGCUCAUGGAGCCUUACCUCUAUGGCUGCCGUUUGGACCAAGAUAUAAUUGAUCUCGACCAGACUGUGGAGCACCUUCAGCAAGCCCUUAACUUCACGGCCCACGUAGCGUAUCGUGGCGGCGUCAUACUGUUUGUCAGCCGCCAGCGUCAGUUUUGCCAUCUGGUGGAGACCACUGCUAACAAUUGCGGGGAGUACGCCCAUACGCGAUACUGGCAGGGCGGCCUACUCACCAACGCCCCCAUCCAGUACGGCCCCGGCGUCCGCUUACCCGACCUCAUCAUCUUCCUUUCCACUCUCAACAAUGUGUUUCAGCCUCAUGUUGGAAUCCGAGAUGCAGCAAAGAUGAACAUUCCCACAGUGGGCGUGGUGGACUCAAACUGCAACCCCAGCCUGGUGACUUACCCUGUGCCUGGGAAUGACGACACUCCAGUUGCCGUGGAGAUGUACUGCCGCUUAUUCAAGAUGACUAUCAACCGUGCCAAGGACAAAAGGAGACAGAUGGAGCUACUGCAUGGCCUGUCAGCAGCUUCCACACCAAGCUCGUGACACAAUAUAUUCUUAAAUAAGAGACAAUAUAUUAAAAAAUGCGUUUAAAAAAAAAAAAAUUAAGUCCAAACUGUCUACUUCUCCCCUUCAUAAUCUGAUGCUAGUGUUUGCGCUAAGGCCACAAUGGUGUCUUUUUUUUAAGACUAAAGCUGUGUGUAUGUUACUCUUGAAUUCUGUUUCUGUG